GCGUGAACUGCAAAAUUUGAAUAUCUUUGCGAAAAAAAUUCAAACAAAAUAAUCUCCACUAAUUGUUUUCUUGUGCAAUUGUUGACAAAAAAAAGCAAACAAGUCACGCAAAGCGCUAACGCUUUCGUAUUAAAGGUUUACUUAUUUAUAACAUGAAAAUUAUCAGCUGAAGUUCGACCUCGGAGUUCAACACGAUAAAGGAACAUAUCGAUUUGUCCGUGUCAGCAUGGCUGAGAUCCCUCGGCCGGAUCCUCCUGUGGUUGGCAAAGUCACCCACAACAGUAUAGAGCUGUAUUGGGAUGUUAACGAGACUGACGAGGAGAAGCCGACCAAUGGGAAGAUUCGUUACUGCAUGCAAGAGGAAGAGAUCAGAAUGAAAGAUACGGGUUUUGGAAAUGUUUACAGCGGUUACGCCAGAAAUCAUGUGUUUGAAGGUCUCGAACCUCAGACCCAAUAUAGGUACAGGUUACGAAGAAGCAACGCUCUGGGGGAUAGUCCUUGGAGUGUCAUCAUUACAGUUAACACAACACGCAAACCAAAAACAAGUGAGGAUCUCAUCAAGGCAGUCAAUCACAAAGACUUAGCUAAAGUAGAUGCCAUAUUACAAGAACUUAACCAAAUGGCAGUGGACUCUCCAGACAAAUAUGGCUUGUCACCAUUAAUGAUAGCAGCCCAGCAAGGAUCUCUUGAAAUAGUGGAGAAACUACUGAGUUACGGAGCUGAUGGAAGAUUUCAGAACAGCAGUGGCAAGGAUUCCUUGAUGCUUGCUUGUUUUGCUGGUCAACUGCAGGUGGCCAAAAUGUUGGUUCAACACGGAGCAACCUUGGAAAACCAAGAUCAUUCUGGUUCGACAGCACUUCACUGGGCCGUCGAUGGUGGCAACAUUGAGGUCGUGCGUUGGCUCAUUAAUAAAGGAUGUCAGGUCGACGUUAAAGAUUACACUACAGGAUGGACGCCCCUGAUGAGGCUUGCAAUGCUGCGAGGAAAUAUUCACAUAGCACGUUUGUUGAUUCACCACGGGGCGAAUAUAUCCAGCAUGGAUAAAGACGGCAAAUCAGUGCUUAUGAUGGCCGCUCUAAACGGUGACCUGGACCUAGUGAAAUUACUGAUAUACAAAGGUGCUGAUUUCACCUUGCGCAGCGUUCAUGGUAAAACUGCUCUCGAUUUUGCGCGUGCGUUUGAUCGAGAGCAAGUGUUGGAGUAUUUGGACGAGUUAUGGCAGGAUUACAAGGAGAAGGAGAGACGGAAACAGGCGAAUAACUGGCAGAACGAUGAGAAAUAUGCAGAGACAGUGAACCUGCUUAAGACUGCAAGAAGCAUGGCUAGUGCAGUCGAUGUCACUGAAUGAAAUACUGUUUCGCGAAUUUUUGUAAAAUUUGUACAUUUAUACUAAAAGAAAAUAUACAGUUUGAUCCUAGA